CAGACUGAUCCUGAUCCUCACUCAGCUCACUGUUCUCGAAUUGUCAUUCCAAACCGUGUUGACCAAGACUUAUCCACCUGAUGAUCUCCUGCUCAAUCCAUUGCAUGAUUCAUCCUUUCAUCACUCACAUGUCAAGUCCCAAGAUGGCCUCAACUGUGUUCAUCUGCCUCUCAACUGUUCUUUCAAGAAACUGGAAAGCAAGAGCUCAUGCAACUAGCUAAGACACUAACCACUACAGUGAGCCAAUCUUUAAGGUUUCCAACAUUAAUGGAAGCCAAAAGCCAAGAGGGUUUGGUUCUGGGGUUCAUGUUCCAUGGACAAAGAUCAUUAGCUAGUAACUAAUAAUCAAGUAGUUUUACUAAUUUGGGAUUAAAGUGCACUUAUUGUAUGUUAGUUCCCAUUAAUUUGAGUAUCAUAAUUAGGCAAUUCAAGUCCACUCCAGGUCUCCAGCAAACUGCUAAAAAGAUAUAUAGUUUCUUGCACUUUUUGCACUUUUACUAGAAGCUCUGCACUGUCAUCAAACUUACAUCUUGCUACUGAGCUUCUGCAUAUAAAUACAUCUCACAAAGACCAUCUGUGGUGCCAAAGAAACAAAACAUUCUAAAUAUGGGAGCUUUAACCUUAGGAUCUCCAAUGGCUGCAGGAAUAAUUAGUUGUAUGUCCAGAAAGUGGAUGGUGUUGGAGGUCCCUACUGAGAAUAAUGGCUGUUGUGGAUUUCCAUCUUUCCUUCCUAAGGAAGUUCACAGAAUCAAAGACCCUUUUGCCAGAACUUUGGCUCAGAGAAUCCAGAGGCUUCCUGUCCAGGUUGGACUGUCUGAAGGGUGUAUAAUGAGUAGUUGUGUGAAGCCAAAGAUACAAAACGGCGGCGCAAAUCCAGUGGUUCUUCUCCACUGUUUUGACAGUUCUUGCCUGGAAUGGAGGUGUGCAUAUCCCUUGCUUGAGGAAGCUGGCUUAGAGGCCUGGGCCAUAGAUGUUCUUGGAUGGGGUUUCUCUGAUUUAGCAAGGCUUCCUCCUUGUAACUCAGCAUCAAAGAGAUACCACUUGUACCAGCUCUGGAAGGCUCACAUCAAACGACCGAUGAUACUAGUUGGCCCGAGCCUUGGUGCUGCAGUUGCAAUCGACUUCGCUGUCAAUUUCCCAGAAGCUGUUGAUAAAUUGGUUUUGAUCAAUGCAAGCGUUUAUCUGGAAGGCGCGGGAUUUUGGACAAAGCUGCCAAGAAUGAUGGCUUAUGCUGCAGCCUCUCUGCUGAAGAGCAUCCCGGUAAGGAUGUAUGCAAAACUAAUGGCUUUUGAUGGUAUAUCGCUGUCUACCUGCAUCGAUUUGACUGAGGUAAGCCGGCUGCACUGUCUGUUACCUUGGUGGAAAGAUGCCACUGUUAACUACAUGCUCAGUGGGGGGUAUAAUGUUGUUGAUCAAAUCAAACAGGUGAAACAAGAAACUCUCAUCAUCUGGGGUGCCUGCGAUAACAUACUCAGAAAGGAGCUUGCUCAUAGAUUGAGAAGUGAGUUGCCCAAUGCGAUUGUGAAUCUGAUCCCAAAAUGUGGCCAUCUGCCCCAUGUUGAGAAGCCGGAAUCAGUGGCAAAGCUGAUUGCAGAGUUUACAAAUGGCAAAAAGGAGGCAUCUUUUCUUUAGUUUAGCAUAUUUUAAUUGUGUUCAUCUUAAGCUGUAAUAAAGUUGUAUGGUUUGAAAUUGUAAAAGAAGUGGGCUGAAACCCAGAAAUCCAAACAUGAUUAAAUUCCAGAAAAAAA